AUGUCGGAACCGCAAAUGGAGGUGGAGCAAGAUUCCCACAACUCUCCAGCGGAGAGUGCCGGGCAGGAGGUUGUGUUUUUGAAUGCACCAGUAGAGCCUGCACCAGCAGAGGCAGCGCCAGCCGAGACUGCGGAUGCAGAGGCUUCAGCUGCCCCCUUCAAUGUUUUCUCGAGGCCUCCGAGUCAAGUUGCAGUACCUUCGCCUACGGUGGCUGCAUCAGAGACAGGAGAGACAGAAGAGGAGGAAGCAUGGGGAAAAUGGAGGGCAAGCAAGGCCAAGCCUUCGCAGCCAUCAGCCGAGCCGUCGCUGAUAGUGAAGUGGAGAAGCAUGCUGAGGGGACCGCGCUUCAGGUAUUUUAUGCAAGCGAUACGACAACAGCGAGAAGAUCUUAUUGCAUGUGGAUACCCUGUGCCGGCAAUUCCAGAGAACAACCUGGAACCUGCAGUUCCAUUUAUGUCUAUCGGAGAUGGGAUCGUUUAUCCUUCCCGCCAGGGGACCAUCUUUGCGUCAUUGACAGAUGCUUUGAUGACCGACGGCUACCUCCUCGAGGUUGGGCAGAAGCUCCUUGGGCGGAUCCAACGUCCAGACCCAGAUGUGGGGCCGUGCCUGGGAACGGGGUGGUCCAAGAGGCUUCGCGAUCACGAUCCCGAUCCUCUGGAUGGAACGCCCUACAUCAGCGCGGAGGUUGCGUGGGCGCUGUGGCUGCCCGAGUUUCCGGAAGCCCCGGAGCAAGGAGGCAUCCUUCCGGUGAAGAGAAAGAGGGAUUUUUCCCAGCUCACCGACGAGUUGUUGGACGAGCAUACGACAAGGUUCGAGCUCGCGGGUCAAGGCCGCACUCUUCACCAACGCGGCGUGCGUGCAAGGGACGCGCGUGCAGCUAUCGAAGGGUAUACUCCCGAUCCAAGUCACCUACGCCACCAGAGUGGCGGGGACGUGGCUGCGCUGGGUUACAUCAAGCGUAUCCUCAAGGUCCUGACCGUUUACGAGGCCAUGCCGGAGGCGGAACGCAACCUUUUGGCUGGAAUGUAUCCAGACGACGUCGAGCUCCAGCUCGAAUGGGUGCCAGGUUCAGCCAUCAGGCAUGGGUGGCGUGCGUUAAUGGGGGCAAUGGAUCAGCGCACCCGGCGCUAUAUCGAGUUCGAAGCAGAGGUCCGAAAAUGGGAGGACUUGCAGUCCGCUCGACCCAAGGUCAAGGCCACAAGGACGGCUGCAGCUGCUUCCAAAGAGACUGCAGAUACUGGAGGUGGAAUUGGAGCGAUGAACGAAGGCUCGGAGACUGGAGCGAUGAACGAAGGCUCGGAGACAGAGUCUGCAGAGUCAUCCUCGGCAAGUUCGUCGGACGAAUCGAUUCCAAUGGGGGAAUACAUGAUGCAGAGCCGGACCAGAGUUUUGGCGCUCAUCGAAGCGGAGAAAGCCUUGAAGGAUGUGGGCUCCUCUGCGCCGUCCCCACCGUCUCCUAUCAUUAUGGAGCCAUCGCCGGUCGCGACGGACACUGCGGGGACAAGGGACACUGCGGCUCCCUCAACACCGGUACCUCCUUCGCCUUCCGCAGUUUCAUUGGCCCCUUUGGAGUCCUUCAAGUUCUUGGAUGUUCCACCUGUUGCUCCUCCUGGUCCCUCGGACCACAGUGUGGAGCCGAUGGUGGUGGAAAAGGAGCGGGCCCCAGAAACUCCACGACCCACGGCACCGGUUGGAGCUCCAAGUUCCACAACGGAGAGUGUGCCGGAGACCCCUCCUCCAGGGGAAAUUCCAGGUCCCGGUUAUGUCCCGAAGGCAGCUCCUGGGGAAAUUCCAGGUGCUCUGUCGAAAUCCAAGGCAGCACCAGCGGGGGCUACACCGAAGGCCUGGUCUGUGGUUCCAACUUCCUCGCCUUUGACAGUUCCAGAAGCGCCAGUGGCUGUAGAGUCUUUGCCUGCAGCUCCAGAGCCAGCAACCGUGAUAGCGGAGGAAGGGCCUACAUCCGAGGCCGCUACAUCAUCCGCAGCGGGUGCCCUUCCGCCUCCGGGCGGCUUGGGUCAAACAGCCGAAGAGAGGAAGUUUGUGCUUCCUUCCCCUUGCCAGAAGAAGUGA